UGUGUGAGCGUGAGGAGCUGCCGCCACCGCCUCCUCCUCGCCGUCCUCCUCCUCCUCUUGGGUCCCGGCGUCGCGGGCCGCGCGCGGGCCUGGAAGAGACGUCGCCUCCCCUUCCUCCGCCUCCCGCUCGCCGCGCCGCUCCCUCCUCCUCCUACUGCGCUGUGGGCUCAGGCGGAACCCGGAACGGCCGUCUGCCUCCCCCGCCCUCCGCCGCCUCCUCCUCCCCGGCUUCCUCCUCAUCCCCGGGCCGGAGCAGAGUCUCGGCAGCGAUCAGUUCGGGCGGCGACUGGCGCUUCUUCGGGCGGCGGCGCCUGGCCAUGUCGUGUCGGGGAAGGUAAUGAGCCGCAGAGCCCCAGGGUCUCGGCUGAGCAGCGGCGGCGGCAACCAUGUACCCGCGGAGCUGGAAUGACUGGCAACCCAGAUUGACUUGAUGCAAAACAUCACAAAGGCUCCAUAUUAUACAGUAUGCGAUUUUUGAGAACUGAUAGUGCAUCAGCCGACCCAGAUAAUUUAAAAUAUUCUUCAUCCAGAGAUAGGGGUGGGUCUUCCUCUUAUGGACUGCAACCUUCGAAUUCAGCUGUGGUGUCUCGGCAAAGGCACGAUGAUACCAGAGUCCACGUUGACAUACAGAAUGACGAAAAGGGUGGUUACAGUGUCAAUGGAGGAUCUGGGGAAAAUACUUAUGGUCGGAAGUCGUUGGGGCAAGAGCUGAGGGUUAACAAUGUGACCAACCCUGAGUUCACCAGUGUUCAGCAUGGCAGUCGUGCAUUAGCCAUCAAAGACAUGAGGAAAUCACAGGAGCGAUCGAUGUCUUACUCUGAUGAGUCUCGACUGUCGAAUCUUCUUCGGAGGAUCACCCGGGAAGACGACAGAGACCGAAGACUGACUACUGUAAAGCAAUUGAAGGAAUUUAUUCAGCAACCAGAAAAUAAACUGGUACUGGUUAAACAAUUGGAUAAUAUCUUGACUGCUGUACAUGAUGUGCUUAAUGAAAGUAGCAAAUUGCUUCAGGAAUUGAGACAAGAAGGCGCUUGCUGUCUUGGCCUUCUUUGUGCUUCUCUGAGCUAUGAGGCUGAGAAGAUCUUCAAAUGGAUUUUUAGCAAAUUUAGCUCAUCUGCAAAAGAUGAAGUUAAACUCCUCUACUUAUGUGCCACCUACAAAGCACUAGAGACUGUAGGAGAAAAGAAAGCCUUUUCAUCUGUAAUGCAGCUUGUAAUGACCAGCCUGCAGUCCAUUCUUGAAAAUGUGGAUACACCAGAAUUACUUUGCAAAUGUGUUAAGUGCAUUCUUUUGGUAGCUCGAUGCUACCCUCAUAUUUUCAGCACUAACUUUAGGGAUACGGUUGAUAUAUUAGUUGGAUGGCAUAUAGAUCAUACUCAGAAACCUUCGCUCACACAGCAGGUGUCUGGGUGGUUGCAGAGUCUGGAGCCAUUUUGGGUAGCUGAUCUUGCUUUUUCUACUACUCUUCUUGGUCAGUUUCUAGAGGAUAUGGAGGCAUAUGCUGAGGACCUCAGCCAUGUGGCCUCUGGGGAGUCAGUGGAUGAAGACAUACCUCCUCCUUCAGUGUCAUUACCAAAGCUGGCAGCUCUUCUCAGGGUUUUUAGUACUGUGGUGAGGAGCAUUGGGGAACGUUUCAGCCCAAUUCGGGGUCCUCCAAUUACUGAGGCAUAUGUAACAGAUGUUCUAUACAGAGUAAUGAGAUGUGUGACGGCUGCAAAUCAAGUGUUUUUUUCUGAGGCUGUGUUGACAGCUGCUAAUGAGUGUGUUGGUGUUUUGCUCGGCAGCUUGGAUCCUAGCAUGACUAUACAUUGUGACAUGGUCAUUACAUAUGGAUUAGAUCAACUGGAGAAUUGCCAGACUUGUGGCACAGAUUAUAUCAUCUCAGUCUUGAAUUUACUCACAUUGAUUGUUGAACAGAUAAAUACAAAACUACCAUCAUCAUUUGUAGAAAAAUUGUUUGUACCAUCAUCAAAACUACUGUUUUUGCGUUAUCAUAAAGAAAAAGAGGUUGUUGCUGCAGCCCAUGCUGUUUAUCAAGCAGUGCUCAGCCUGAAGAAUAUUCCUGUUUUGGAGACUGCCUAUAAAUUAAUUUUGGGAGAAAUGACUUGUGCCCUAAACAAUCUGCUACAUAGUCUACAACUUCCUGAUGCCUGCUCUGAAAUAAAGCACGAGGCUUUUAAGAAUCAUGUAUUCAAUGUAGACAAUGCAAAAUUUGUAGUUAUAUUUGACCUCAGUGCCCUGACUACAAUUGGAAAUGCCAAAAAUUCACUGAUUGGGAUGUGGGCGCUGUCUCCAACUGUCUUUGCACUCCUGAGUAAGAAUCUGAUGAUUGUGCACGAUGACCUGGCUGUUCACUUCCCUGCCAUUCAGUAUGCAGUGCUUUACACUUUGUAUUCUCAUUGUACCAGGCACGAUCACUUUAUAUCUAGUAGUCUUAGUUCGUCAUCCCCGUCUUUGUUUGAUGGAGCCGUGAUUAGUACUGUAACUACAGCUACAAAGAAACAUUUCUCAAUUAUAUUAAAUCUCCUGGGAAUAUUGCUUAAGAAAGAUAAUCUUAACCAGGACACAAGGAAACUGUUAAUGACUUGGGCUUUGGAAGUGGCUGUUUUAAUGAAGAAGUCUGAAACAUAUGCACCUUUAUUCUCUCUUCCAUCUUUCCAUAAAUUUUGCAAAGGCCUUUUAGCCAACACUCUUGUCGAAGAUGUGAAUAUCUGUCUGCAAGCAUGCAGCAGUCUCCACGCAUUGUCCUCUUCUUUGCCGGAUGAUCUUUUACAGAGGUGUGUUGAUGUUUGCCGUGUUCAGCUAGUCCACAGUGGGACUCGCAUUCGACAAGCAUUUGGAAAGCUGUUGAAGUCAAUUCCUUUAGAUGUUGUCCUGAGCAAUAACAAUCACACCGAAAUUCAAGAAAUUUCUUUAGCAUUGAGAAGUCACAUGAGUAAAGCACCGAGUAAUACAUUCCACCCGCAAGAUUUCUCUGAUGUUAUUAGUUUUAUUUUAUAUGGGAACUCUCAUAGAACAGGGAAGGACAACUGGUUAGAAAGAUUGUUCUAUAGCUGCCAGAGACUGGAUAAGCGUGACCAAUCAACAAUUCCCCGAAAUCUUCUAAAGACAGAUGCCGUCCUUUGGCAGUGGGCUAUUUGGGAAGCAGCACAGUUCACUGUCCUUUCUAAGUUGAGAACCCCACUGGGCAGAGCUCAAGAUACCUUCCAGACAAUUGAAGGUAUCAUUAGAAGUCUUGCGGCUCACACAUUAAAUCCUGAUCAAGAUGUUAGUCAGUGGACAACUGCAGACAAUGAUGAAGGCCACAGUAGCAACCAGCUUAGACUUGUUCUUCUUCUGCAGUAUUUGGAAAAUUUGGAGAAGUUAAUGUAUAAUGCAUAUGAGGGAUGUGCUAAUGCACUAACAUCCCCUCCCAAGGUCAUUAGAACUUUUUUCUAUACCAAUCGUCAAACUUGUCAAGACUGGCUGACUCGGAUUCGACUCUCCAUCAUGAGGGUUGGAUUGUUGGCAGGUCAGCCUGCUGUGACAGUGAGACAUGGCUUUGACUUGCUUUCAGAAAUGAAGACAAAUCUAUCUCAGGGGAAUGAAUUGGAAGUAACCAUCAUGAUGGUGGUAGAAGCACUGUGUGAACUUCAUUGUCCUGAAGCGAUACAGGGAAUUGCUGUCUGGUCAUCUUCCAUUGUUGGGAAAAAUCUUCUUUGGAUUAACUCAGUGGCCCAACAGGCUGAAGGGAGGUUUGAAAAGGCCUCUGUGGAGUACCAGGAGCAUCUGUGUGCCAUGACAGGGGUUGAUUGCUGCAUCUCCAGUUUCGACAAAUCUGUUCUUACAUUGGCCAAUGCCGGGCGAAAUAGCGCCAGCCCAAAACAUUCUCUAAACGGUGACUCCAGGAAAUCUUUGUUGUCCAAACCACCUGACUCUUCCCCUGAGGUUAUAAAUUAUUUGGGAAAUAAAGCAUGUGAGUGCUACAUUUCAAUUGCUGAUUGGGCUGCUGUACAGGAAUGGCAGAAUGCUAUCCACGACUUGAAAAAGAGUACCAGCAGUACUUCUCUCAACCUAAAAGCGGAUUUCAACUAUAUAAAAUCACUAAGCAGUUUUGAGUCUGGAGAAUUCGUUGAAUGUACUGAGCAAUUAGAACUGUUACCAGGAGAAAAUAUCAAUCUACUUGCUGGAGGAUCAAAAGAAAAAAUAGAUAUGAAAAAACUGCUUCCUAACAUGUUGAGUCCAGAUCCAAGGGAACUCCAGAAAGCCAUUGAAGUUCAGUUGUUAAGAAGCUCUGUUUGUUUGGCAACUGCUUUAAACCAUCUAGAACAAGAUCAGAAGUGGCAGUCUAUCACUGAAAACAUGGUAAAGUACUUGAAGCAAACCUCACGUAUAGCUAUUGGACCACUGAGACUUUCUACUUUGACAGUCUCCCAAUCUCUUCCAGUUCUGAGUACCUUACAACUGUAUUGCUCUUUUGCUUUGGAGAACACAGUUUCUAACAGACUUUCUACAGAGGACUGUCUUAUUCCACUCUUCAGUGAAGCUUUGCGUUCAUGUAAACAACAUGAUGUGAGGCCGUGGAUGCAGGCAUUAAGAUAUACCAUGUACCAGAGUCAGUUGUUGGAGAAAAUAAAAGAACAAACAAUUCCAAUUAGAAGCCAUCUCAUGGAAUUAGGUCUAACAGCAGCAAAAUUUGCUAGAAAACGGGGCAAUGUGUCACUUGCAACAAGACUGCUGGCACAGUGUAGUGAAGUUCAUCUGGGAAAGACCACCACUGCACAGGAUUUAGUCCAGCAUUUUAAAAAACUGUCAACUCAAGGUCAAGUGGAUGAAAAAUGGGGGCCUGAACUUGACAUUGAAAAAACCAAAUUGCUACAUACAGCAGGCCAGUCAACACACGCAAUGGAAAUGUUGAGUUCCUGUGCCAUAUCUUUUUGCAAGUCUGCCAAAGCUGAAUAUGCAGUUGCCAAGUCAAUUCUGACACUGGCUAAAUGGAUCCAGGCAGAAUGGAAAGAAAUUUCAGGGCAGCUAAAACAGGUUUACAGAGCUCAGCAACAGCAGAACUUCACAGGUCUUUCUACUUUGUCUAAAAACAUACUCACUCUAAUAGAACUGUCAGCAGUUAAUACAGUGGAUGAAGAGUAUCCUCGGAUUGAGAGUGAAUCUACAGUACAUAUUGGAGUUGGAGAACCUGACUUCAUUUUGGGACAGUUGUAUCACCUAUCUUCAGUACAGGCACCUGAAGUAGCCAAAUCUUGGGCAGCCUUGGCUAGUUGGGCUUAUAGGUGGGGCAGAAAGGUUGUUGACAAUGCCAGUCAGGGAGAAGGUGUUCGUCUGCUGCCUAGAGAAAAAUCUGAAGUUCAAAAUCUGCUUCCAGACACUAUAACUGAAGAAGAAAAAGAGAGAAUAUAUGCUAUUCUUGGUCAGGCUGUGUGUCGGCCAGCAGGGAUUCAGGAUGAAGAUAUAACACUUCAGAUAACAGAAAGUGAAGAUAAUGAGGAAGAUGACAUGGUUGAUGUUAUCUGGCGUCAGUUAAUAUCAAGCUGCCCAUGGCUGUCAGAACUUGAUGAAAAUGCAACAGAAGGAGUUAUUAAAGUGUGGAGGAAAGUUGUGGAUAGAAUCUUCAGCCUAUACAAAUUGUCUUGCAGUGCAUAUUUUACUUUCCUUAAACUCAAUGCUGGUCAGAUUCCUUUAGAUGAAGAUGAUCCAAGGCUACAUUUAAGUCACAGAGUAGAGCAGAGCACUGAUGAUGUGAUCGUGAUGGCUACCUUGCGAUUGCUCAGGCUGCUCGUGAAGCAUGCAGGCGAGCUUAGGCAAUAUCUGGAACAUGGCUUGGAGACAACACCUACUGCUCCAUGGAGAGGAAUUAUUCCACAGCUUUUCUCACGCUUAAACCACCCUGAAGUGUAUGUGCGCCAGAGUAUCUGUAACCUUCUCAUCCGUGUGGCUCAAGAUUCCCCACAUCUCAUAUUGUAUCCUGCAAUAGUGGGUACCAUAUCGCUUAGUAGCGAGUCACAGGCUUCAGGAAAUAAGUUUUCCUCUUCAAUUCCAACCCUACUUGGUAAUAUUCAAGGAGAAGAAUUGCUGGUUUCUGAAUGUGAGGGAGGAAGCCCUCCUGCUUCUCAAGAGAGCAAUAAAGAUGAACCCAAAAGUGGAUUAAAUGAAGACCAAGCCAUGAUGCAGGAUUGCUACAGCAAAAUUGUAGAUAAGCUAUCCUCUGCAAAUCCAACUAUGGUGUUACAGGUUCAGAUGCUUGUGGCUGAGCUGCGCAGGGUCACUGUUCUCUGGGAUGAGCUCUGGUUGGGAGUUCUAUUACAGCAACACAUGUACGUCCUGAGACGAAUCCAGCAGCUUGAAGAUGAGGUGAAGAGAGUCCAGAACAACAACACCUUACGCAAAGAAGAGAAAAUUGCCAUCAUGCGGGAGAAGCACACAGCUCUGAUGAAGCCUAUUGUGUUUGCUUUGGAGCAUGUAAGGAGCAUCACGGCGGCCCCUGCGGAAACACCUCAUGAAAAGUGGUUUCAGGAUAACUAUGGUGAGGCAAUUGAAAAUGCCCUAGAAAAACUGAAGACGCCAUCGAACCCCGCAAAACCUGGAAGCAGCUGGAUUCCAUUUAAAGAGAUAAUGCUGAGUUUGCAACAGAGAGCACAGAAACGUGCAAGUUACAUCUUGCGUCUUGAAGAAAUCAGCCCAUGGCUGGCUGCCAUGACUAACACUGAAAUUGCUCUUCCUGGAGAAGUCUCAGCCAGAGACACUGUCACAAUCCACAGUGUGGGCGGAACCAUCACAAUCUUACCUACCAAAACCAAGCCAAAGAAACUUCUCUUUCUGGGGUCAGAUGGGAAGAGCUAUCCUUAUCUUUUCAAAGGAUUGGAGGAUUUACAUCUGGAUGAGAGAAUAAUGCAAUUCCUGUCUAUCGUGAAUACUAUGUUUGCUACAAUCAAUCGCCAGGAAACACCUCGUUUCCACGCUCGGCACUAUUCUGUAACACCACUAGGAACACGGUCAGGGCUGAUCCAGUGGGUGGAUGGAGCCACACCCUUGUUUGGUCUUUACAAACGAUGGCAACAACGAGAAGCUGCCUUACAAGCACAAAAGGCCCAAGAUUCCUACCAAACCCCUCAGAAUCCUGGAAUUGUGCCCCGUCCUAGUGAACUUUAUUACAGUAAAAUUGGCCCUGCUUUAAAAGCAGUUGGACUUAGUCUGGAUGUGUCCCGACGGGAUUGGCCUCUUCAUGUGAUGAAGGCAGUGUUAGAAGAGUUAAUGGAAGCCACCCCCCCAAAUCUCCUCGCUAAAGAGCUUUGGUCAUCUUGCACUACACCUGAUGAAUGGUGGAGAGUCACACAGUCUUAUGCCAGAUCUACUGCAGUCAUGUCUAUGGUCGGGUACAUAAUUGGCCUUGGAGAUAGACAUUUGGAUAAUGUUCUCAUAGACAUGACAACUGGAGAGGUUGUUCACAUAGAUUACAAUGUUUGCUUUGAAAAAGGUAAAAGCCUUCGCGUUCCUGAGAAAGUACCUUUUCGGAUGACACAGAACAUUGAAACAGCACUGGGUGUAACUGGAGUAGAAGGUGUUUUUAGGCUUUCAUGUGAGCAGGUUUUACACAUAAUGCGGCGCGGCAGAGAGACUUUGCUGACGUUGCUGGAGGCCUUUGUGUAUGACCCUCUGGUGGACUGGACAGCUGGGGGUGAGGCUGGGUUCGCCGGUGCUGUCUAUGGUGGAGGUGGCCAGCAGGCCGAGAGCAAGCAGAGCAAGAGAGAGAUGGAACGGGAGAUCACCCGCAGCCUCUUUUCUUCCAGAGUAGCUGAAAUUAAGGUGAACUGGUUUAAGAAUAGGGAUGAGAUGCUGGUUGUGCUUCCCAAGCUGGACAGCAGCUUAGACGAAUACCUAAGCUUGCAAGAGCAAUUGACAGAUGUGGAAAAACUGCAGGGCAAGCUGCUGGAAGAAAUAGAGUUUCUGGAAGGAGCUGAAGGAGUGGAUCAUCCUUCUCACACUCUGCAGCACAGGUAUUCUGAACACACCCAACUACAGACUCAGCAAAGGGCUGUCCAAGAAGCAAUCCAGGUGAAGCUAAAUGAGUUUGAACAGUGGAUAACACACUAUCAGGCUGCAUUCAGUAAUUUAGAGGCUACACAACUUGCAAGUUUGCUUCAGGAGAUAAGCACACAGAUGGACCUUGGUCCUCCAAGCUAUGUACCAGCCACAGCCUUUCUGCAGAAUGCUGGCCAGGCCCACUUGAUUAGCCAGUGCGAGCAGCUGGAAGGAGAGGUUGGCGCGCUGCUGCAGCAGAGGCGCUCAGUGCUCCGAGGCUGCCUGGAACAGCUGCAUCACUAUGCCACCGUGGCGCUGCAGUAUCCAAAGGCCAUAUUUCAGAAACAUCGAAUUGAACAGUGGAAGACCUGGAUGGAAGAGCUCAUCUGCAACACCACAAUAGAGCGCUGUCAAGAACUCUACAGGAAAUAUGAAAUGCAGUAUGCUCCUCAACCACCCCCAACAGUGUGUCAGUUCAUCACCGCCACUGAAAUGACCCUGCAGCGGUACGCAGCAGACAUAAACAGCAGACUUAUUAGACAAGUGGAACGCUUGAAACAGGAAGCUGUCACUGUGCCCGUUUGUGAAGAUCAGUUGAAAGAAAUUGAACGUUGCAUUAAAGUGUUUCUUCAUGAGAAUGGAGAAGAAGGUUCUUUAAGUCUAGCAAGUGUUAUUAUUUCUGCCCUUUGUACCCUCACAAGGCGUAACCUGAUGAUGGAAGGUGCAGCUUCGAGUGCUGGAGAGCAGCUGGUCGACCUGACUUCUCGGGAUGGAGCCUGGUUCUUAGAGGAGCUCUGCAGUAUGAGCGGAAACGUCACCUGUCUGGUUCAGUUACUGAAGCAGUGCCACCUGGUGCCACAGGACUUAGACAUUCCAAACCCCAUGGAAGCAUCCGAGGCAGUUCACUUAGCUAAUGGAGUAUACACCUCACUUCAGGAAUUAAAUUCAAAUUUCCGGCAAAUCAUAUUUCCAGAAGCAUUGAGAUGUUUAAUGAAAGGAGAAUACACAUUAGAAAGUAUGCUUCAGGAACUGGACAGUCUUAUUGAACAGACAACUGAUGGCGUUCCCCUGCAGACUCUAGUUGAAUCUCUUCAAGCCUAUUUAAGAAAUGCAGCUAUGGGGCUUGAGGAAGAAACACAUGCUCAUUACAUCGAUGUUGCAAGAGUACUUCAUGCUCAAUAUGGUGAAUUAAUCCAACCAAGAAAUGGUUCAGUUGAUGAGACACCAAAAAUGUCAGCUGGCCAGAUGCUUUUGGUAGCAUUUGAUGGCAUGUUUGCCCAAGUUGAGACUGCUUUUGGCUUAUUAGUUGAAAAGUUAAACAAGAUGGAAAUUCCUGUAGCUUGGCGAAAGAUCGACAUUAUAAGGGAAGCCCGAAGUACCCAAGUCAAUUUUUUUGAUGAUGAUAAUCACCGGCAGGUGCUAGAAGAGAUUUUCUUUCUCAAAAGACUACAGACAAUUAAGGAGUUUUUCAGGCUCUGUGGUACCUUUUCUAAAACUUUGUCAGGAUCAAGUUCCCUGGAAGAUCAGAACGCUGUCAAUGGGCCGGUACAGAUUGUUAAUGUGAAAACCCUUUUUAGAAACUCCUGCUUCAGUGAAGACCAGAUGGCCAAACCUAUAAAGGCAUUCACAGCUGACUUCGUGAGGCACCUCUUGAUUGGACUGCCGAACCAAGCCCUGGGGCUCACGCUCUGCAGUUUCAUCAGCGCGCUCGGUGUGGACAUCAUUGCUCAGGUGGAGGCAAAGGAUUUUGGUGCUGAAAGCAAAGUUUCUGUCGAUGAUCUGUGUAAGAAAGCUGUGGAGCACAACAUCCAGGUUGGAAAAUUCUCUCAGUUGGUCAUGAACAGGGCAACUGUAUUAGCAAGUUCCUACGACACUGCCUGGAAGAAGCAUGACUUGGUGCGCAGGUUGGAAACCAGUAUCUCCUCUUGUAAGACAAGCCUGCAGCGUGUUCAGCUACAUAUUGCCAUGUUUCAGUGGCAGCAUGAAGAUCUCCUUAUCAACAGACCACAAGCCAUGUCAGUCACACCUCCCCCUCGGUCUGCCAUCCUAACCAGCAUGAAAAAGAAACUUCAUACUCUGAGCCAAAUUGAAACUUCCAUUGCAGCAGUUCAGGAAAAACUAGCAGCACUUGAAGCAAGUAUUGAACAGCGACUCAAGUGGGCGGGUGGUGCCAACCCUGCAUUGGCACCUGUACUACAAGAUUUUGAAGCAACAAUAGCAGAAAGAAGAAAUCUUGUCCUUAAGGAGAGCCAAAGAGCAAGUCAGGUCACUUUCCUCUGCAGCAAUAUCAUUCAUUUUGAGAGUUUACGAACUAGAACUGCUGAAGCCUUAAACCUGGAUGCUGCAUUAUUUGAACUAAUCAAACGGUGUCAGCAAAUGUGUUCAUUUGCAUCACAGUUUAACAGUUCGGUUUCUGAGUUAGAGCUUCGUUUAUUACAGAGAGUGGACACUAGUCUUGAACAUCCUAUUGGCAGCUCUGAAUGGCUUUUGUCAGCACACAAACAAUUGACCCAGGAUAUGUCUGCUCAGAGAGCAAUUCAAACAGAGAAAGAACAACAGAUAGAAACGGUCUGUGAAACAAUUCAGAAUCUGGUUGAUAAUAUAAAGACUGUGCUCACUGGCCAUAAUCGGCCACUUGGAGAUGUCAAACACCUCCUGAAAGCAAUGGCUAAGGAUGAAGAAGCUGCUCUGGCAGAUGGUGAUGAUGUUCCCUAUGAGAACAGUGUUAGGCAGUUCUUGGGUGAAUAUAAAUCAUGGCAGGAUAACAUUCAGACGGUGCUGUUUACAUUAGUCCAAGCUAUGGGUCAGGUCCGAAGUCAAGAACAUGUUGAAAUGCUCCAGGAAAUAACACCCACCCUGAAAGAACUGAAAACACAAAGUCAGAGUAUCUAUAAUAAUUUAGUGAGUUUUGCAUCACCUUUAAUCACCGAUGCAACAAAUGAAUGUUCAAGUCCAACAUCAUCUACUACAUAUCAGCCUUCUUUUGCUGCAGCAGUCCGAAGCAACACUGGCCAGAAGACCCAGCCUGAUGUCAUGUCACAGAAUGCUAGAAAGCUGAUUCAGAAAAAUCUUGCUACAUCAGCAGAUACUCCACCAAGCACCGUUCCUGGAACUGGCAAGAGUGUUGCUUGUAGUCCUAAAAAGGCCGUCAGAGACCCUAAAACUGGGAAAGCUGUGCAAGAGAGAAACUCGUAUGCAGUCAGUGUGUGGAAGAGAGUAAAAGCCAAGUUAGAGGGUCGAGAUGUUGAUCCAAAUAGGAGGAUGUCAGUUGCUGAACAGGUUGACUAUGUCAUUAAGGAAGCAACUAAUCUAGAUAACUUGGCUCAGCUGUAUGAAGGUUGGACAGCCUGGGUGUGAAUGGCAAGACAGUAGAUGAGUCUGGUUAAGCGAGGUCAGACGUCCACCAGAAUCAACUCAGCCUCAGGCAUCCAAAGCCACACCACAGUCGGUGGUGAUGCAACUGGGGGCUUACUCUGAGGAAACCUAGGAAAUCUCGGUGCGCAAGGAGGGGAAUCCUGCAGGGCAGCUGCACUCAGGGAUACGCCCAACACCAUGGCCUGCCACCCUAGGGUCAAGGGUGAAGGAAAGAAAGCUCACCGCCUGAACACGGAGAUUGUCUUUCUGCCUCAGAACAGCUGCAAAUGUGUCAGGAGGUUAGCUGCAGAAAGAAAUCGGGAUGCUGCGGAGCACAGAGUGAUUUGGAACUCCAUUCCACCUGACCCUGUGUGUACAAUCCAGGAAAAAACAAACCCCGCUCAGAAACAGAGAACUGGGGCCGCAAAGAAAUCACAGCCAAGGAAGAUUUGAUGCAUUCAGAUUCUUGUGUAACACUUGUUGCUUGGCAACAGUACUGGUUGGGUUGACCAGUAAGUACAAAAAGGCUAUGUGAUAAGAAUUUCAGAAAUGGACUGAAAAUGGAGAGCUAUGUAACAGAUACACUACAUGGGAAGAACUUACUUCUGAAAUAAAAGGAAAAAACCCCACUCAUCAUCCUCCUCCCUAGACCCUACCACCUACCCAUUCCCCUUUUACCUGAUCUAGUAGAUUAGACAUCUUUCAAAUUCACUUUUUGCUCAAUCCUUAUAUUUCAUAUACUUCCAUCUUGAUGCUGUUACACAACUUAUAUUUGGAGUGAUAAACAGAAAUUCUCUAAAUCCACUGAUAACGUGGAAAAUUCAAGGAUUGUUUCAAGGUCUGAUGAUCACAUAUAAAAUGUAAUUCUGGUUAAGUCAUUUCUGUGAUUCUAUCAUGUACAGUUUCCAGAAUUUUCACUGUGCAUUCAAAAGUAAUGAAUCUAACAGACAUUUGAUUUCAUGUACACUCCCCUUUGCUUAUAGUGUGCAUUUUUUGGAGGUCAUUCAAAUUUUCCCUCUUCUGUGAUUGCUGUAGUUUCUUUCAUAGAAAGUAGCUAAACCAAUGUAAUCUUUUUACCUUUUUAAAAACCAGGAUAGAAUACCUAUUAGAGUUUUACAUUGUUGAUGACAGAUAAAAAAUAAAGUGAUGUUCUCUUGAAGGUAGAGUGAAAUGUUUUUUUAAUUCAGUUUUCUCAUUUGAUACUUUUAAUUUACAAGGUGUAAAUUAGAAGUGCUUUAGUUUACCUGGUAUUCUAGGACAUGUACAUGAAAACAUCAGCAAAAGUGAGAACCACCAGUACCUUUUAUUAAGUUCAAUGAGUCUGUGAAGUACUUUUGUUUUUGCAUAAUUUUAAUAGUUUGCUGUUUAGUAAUACAUUAAUUAUAGUGAUUUCAUGAUCAAGUUAAAUUGAGCAUUGCAUUUCAGUACUGACUUUGUAAACUCAAUUGUUGAUCCAAAAUAAAAUUCAGAUUAGAAUAGGAUUCUUAAAAUCACAACACGAAGAAUACAGUUUAAAAUCUUGAUUGAGUCUAUUUUUCCUACGUCUUAGAGAUUAGAACUGUGAUCACUUUCUAGUUGCCAAUCCUCACAGAUAAACUUGAGAACUGUUAAGGAAAAAAUUCCACAUAGCUCUGGCGUUUUCUGUAUUCUGAUUGCUGCAUUAAUCUAUAAUUAAAUACCCAUUAGACUGCAUUUCAGUAUCAGUGCUUUUUUAAUACUUCAACAGAUAGAGCAAGAAAGGUGGUAUUUUUAAAAUACCCGUGUGUGUCUAAUUGCAAGAUUAAGGAACCUAGUGCAUCAAAUUUUAUUCAUUCUUUUUUAACCUUACUUUCUCAAUCAAAACAACCUAUCUGGAAUAAUAAUGCCAUAUUGUGUUUUGCACACUGCUUUAUUUCCUAGAGGCUGUGGGGCUAUUGCAUUCAUCACUUGAUUACCUCUGCUCCUCAAGAUUGACCAGUUUUUUCAGCAACAUUGUCACAAGGAAAAAUUUCCAUCAAAAUGAUAAAACCAGUUCAUACUAGUUUGUCCCUAUAGGUAGUAUUCAAAAAUUGCUUCCUCUUUGGCAAAGAAGAUAAAUGAAGUAGGUGAACUUUAUCACCUGUGAAUUUUUGGCUUCAGAGGUACCUGGCACCUUAUCUGAGCAAAAAUGAAACAGCUUUAUAGCAAAAACAUGUGCCUCUGGUAAAUUAUCCAUCAUUUUCAUUUUAAAAUAAUCCCUCAGAGAAUAGUGUGGCAUAUAUAUGUUUGGUUGUGGGGCAGAUAUAACUGAUGACUUCAAAGCUGCUCCUUACUGCACCCUGGACAAGACCCCAAUCUCUACAGUUUGGCUUCCUCUGGGAAGUGAUUCUGCAAGUACUAGUAGCCUUGCCGUUUUAAACUGCUGUAAGAGAACUCAACAAUUAGAGAGUUAAUCAACAGUAAAAAGCCCUGGUGAUAAAGCAGAAUGAGAAGUCAGGGCUAUAUUUUGGGGAUUGUCUUUUAACAAUGUAAAGUUUAGAGUGCUGUGGUUAUGAAGUCAUACAUUUUUAAUGAUACAGAAUACCUCUGGAAAACCAGGGGUCUGCUCCUCUCUUUUUCUUUCUCGAAUUCAGGGGGUACAGAAUAACCUACAACCUAUCAUUCAAAGUACCCUUGGAAAUUGAAGUUUAUUGUCUUUGUUGUCUUUAAUUUUCUAGAAUUGCCUAAAUAUUGAUUUCUCUACAAAGCUGUGGAGGCUUAAUGGUUUUAUAGAGUGUAUUUCUCUUUUACUGUUUCUUUGGUGUGUUUUAACAGCAUUUCUGAGUUCUUAACAGUUUGCUAGGUGACACAAAAUAGAUUUUGUGUCUGACACUGUGGUGAGUUGUUUUUGAGAUAUGUAAGAUUUCUUUGAGAACUGAUAAUCAAGCUCUUGAUCUGUUUCCUUAAAUUAUUUUUAUUAAGAGCCCAAACCCAGGUUCAGGGUGAGGGUUUGUAAUACAAAGAAAAACUUUCAUCACUUCUGCCCUUAACACUUGCCUUUAUUAACUAAGUUUAGUAUGUAGUUUUUUAAAAUAUUGUCCAAUGUUUGGUGUUUCUGAAUUGUUUUGUGGUUAUUCUUGAUGUGUGAAAUUUAGGGAAAGAGCCAUUUAAAAAAUGCCACGCAGGGCAAUGCAAGUACAGCCAAAUAUUAGAGUUGAUGUGCAAUCUUAGGUUCUUUUAAAUCUGGGGUAUUAUAGGCAGUACUUUAAACUGAAAAGUCUUCCUGGCCUAUUUUCCUCCACAUAUUUGUGACUUCUCUGGGGGCUUACUUGUUUUGGCAGUAAGAAGCUGGUCCUUUUCUCCCAAUUCUUUUCAUAUUAAAGAAAAACACCCUCAAUUGGCCUGUUAGUCCUUUCAUCUUACAUCAAAAAUCAGUGAAUGCUUUUCUAUUAGCACAUUUAAAUACCAUUGUUUUACAUAAAAUUAGAUGCAUAUGAAAUCAGUGACCUUCUGUACUCUUCCUGAGUUUGUAAAAUGACAGUAAUUCAAAGCUAGAACUACCCCACCCUCCCUUAAAUCAAGGAGGUAGGAUAUAGUAAUGUAAGGUUCACUUAAAGAAGAUAGAUGUUUUCAUUAUUUGAGUUAUUAGAUUCUUCCUAUGGAGAAAAACUAGCAUUACAAAGUUUCCCAAACAUUGGGAAGGGGAAAUUCACUGUUUUUUGACCCUUAAGGGUUUGCUGCACUUUCCUUUUUAGGCCUGGGUAACCAUAUCACCAUGCCUUUCUUCCAAAUGGGCAAAUGGACUCUUAGAGCAACUUUCUAGGUUCAAGGGUUAAUUGUACAACAUGAACUGUUUAGAGUCUUUUACUUUCUAUGGGAAUUUGACUGGGCUUAGUAGGGAAAAGCUGUUGGUUGUGCUAAUGUAAAAAUGUCAUACAAUUAGCUCUACUUUUGAAGACGGUAAACAAGGAAUUGCAUGUUGUUCUGAAAUACAGACUUGAAUGUUUUCUUUCUUUAAAACAGGCUGAUUUCCCGCCCCCUCUUCUUUUUCUGAUAGUCCCAGUUUCAGUUCCUAUUUAAAGUUCUUGUGUCAGUUAUUUUUCUGGUUUAAAUUUCCCUUAUAUUUCCACCUGUAAUGUCAGUGGCAACAUCAUACUUGUUAAUUUACUUUACCCUUCUUAUAAGAGCAAAUUGAGUUGAACUGAAUCUUCCUUGUCCUAGUAAACAUUGUAUAAAAUAAAGUGGCUUCUCUGUACAAAAGGUUGUAAUGCCUCCUGAUGGAUAUAAUUUUGUGAUUGUAUUUAAGAUUAAAAGUUGAACAAAUCACACCAGCUUCCUGAAAAUGUUCAUAACGAAUUGUUUGGAAAACAAAAAUACAUGCCUACUUUGUGCAUAUUUGCAUUACCAUGGCAGAGAUUGUAUGAAGUACAUGUUUUUCAAAAAAUAAAGGUUAAAAAGAUG